CCGGGGUACACAAUGGAGUCGGACGUACAUAGACAUGACUGGCAUGUAUACUAGGAUCUUCGGCGCAUAUGUAAGCCUAAAUUCAGUGUUAUGAAACAACCACGUCGGUUCAGGUAUCAGUGGGGAUGACUCCGCUGGAAGAAGACUUUACUUGAGACGGAAAAAGGUGCUGAAUAAGUGCUGGCCUCACCUGCUGUGAAGUGUAACGGUGCGGCUGUCUGCUGCUCUUUUCACUGUCCUCUGCAGUUUUCCUUCCCUUUGUGUGAAAGGGCAGUGAAGUAAAAAAACGCCGAUAAUCUGAAGGAAAAAUGUCAGAGGUCAACGUAGGAAAGCGCAAGGAGAAGUGUGAAAACUGCACUAAACAGUGCAACAAGAAACAGAGUGAAGAUGGUGCCAACUCAUACAAGGAGAGAGAUGAAGUCAAUGGACAGAUGCAGGAGGGUUCCCAGUUGCUGCUGAGUGCCUGUCUGUCCUGUGACGGCUGUCUAUCAGAGGAGGAGAGUCUGAAGAUCUCUCAGCAGAGCCUGGAGGACGUGGAGCGGGUCCUGGCACUCAAUAAGAGGUGCGACGUGUCGAAGCACAAAGUGCUGGUGGCGUCGGUGUGUCCGCAGGUUCUGCCUUUCUUUGCUGUCAAGUUUGGCAUGGAGAUCUCAGAGGCGGCUCAGAAACUCUGCAGCUUCCUGAAAAGUUUAGGAGUACAGUACGUUUUUGACACCACACUGGCAGCCGGCUUCAGCAUUUUAGAGAGCCAGAAGGAGUUCAUUCAGCGGUAUCGCAGGAGGCACCAUGACUCCAACGCCUUACCCAUGUUUACCUCUUCCUGCCCAGGUUGGAUCCGCUAUUCAGAGCGCAUCCUGGGCAGUUUGGUCACCCCUCAUAUCUGCACAUCCAGAUCUCCUCAGCAGAUCAUGGGCUUGAUGGUCAAAGACUACUUCUCUAAACAGCAGAAGCUGAGUCCGGAAAAGGUGUAUCAUGUGUUGGUGGCGCCGUGCUUUGAUAAAAAGUUGGAGGCAGUCAGAGAAGAGUUUUAUAACAGCCUGCUGGAGACCAGAGACGUGGACUGUGUCCUCACAUCAGGGGAGAUCUUUUACCUCAUGGAGCAGAGAAAAGUCUCAGUGGAGGAGCUGGACUCAGUUCCACUGGACCAUGUGCUGGGGGAGGCUGGAGACCUGACGCCGGUAAGACACGAGGGCCGAGGCUCCGAGGGCUUCCUGGAACACAUCUUCAAACAUGCUGCCAAAGAGCUCUUUGGUCUGGAAGUUCAUGAGAUCACAUACAAGACCCUCAGGAACAGGGACUUCCAAGAAGUGACUCUAGAGCGAGACGGGGAAACUCUGCUGCAGUUUGCUGCAGUCUAUGGUUUUAGGAACAUCCAGACUCUGGUUCAUAGGAUGAGGAAAGGACGGGUGCCUUACCAGCUUGUAGAGGUGCUGUCCUGUCCAGGAGGGUGCUUAAGUGGCCGUGGUCAGGCGGAGAGUGACGUGGCUGGUCGGGUGGAUAAAGCUCUGGUGCAGCAAAUGGAAGAGGCGUACAGCAGUCUGCCGGUCUGUCUCCCAGAGCUCAACCCCGCCCUGCAGACUCUCUAUCAGGACUGGCUACAGGGCCAGGACUCCCCACAAGCCAGCACGCUUCUGCACACCCAGUACAGAAACGAGAGUCAGGUGCAGACACAGCCCCCACACAUGCAGUGGUGAGGACGAUGUCAGUGUUUUACUCUGAAAGCAUGAAGGUGACUAAAAGACGGCUGCCUUUAGCCAAAUGGACCGUCACUUUUUCCAUGAUGGGGCCAUAAAGGACAAGCCAAGGUCCAGAGUCUCAGUAGAAGCACUUCUUCCAUUUGUCCACAGGAGGGCGAUGUCUGCAUUUAAAUAUGAGGCUGUCCUUUUCUUUAUCCAAAACUUUAUGAGGAUCAAACAUCUGGAAAAACCCAAACUAAAGCAGUGAUGUUAAGAAGCUGCAGGUAAUGGCUGUCAAAAACUAGGUUCAAAGUCCCCCAAUCCACCAGCUCAGAAAUGUAGCAGGUGUGAACUCUAUAUGUCCAUUAAUGUACAGAGCAAUAAGCCACUGAGAAAACUAUAAAGAAGCUUUUAGCACAACUUGUAAAAGCAGAAUCCACAUCAAGGAGCCUCAGUAGACUCCAUCAUCAAACAUUACAUCAAAGUUUUCUCCACUGUUCCACUGUCGUCAAACUUCUUGAUAACUAUGCAACAGUGUGAUAGUCUUAUCUCAUAUUAAAGCUAGGUUCAUGCUGCUCUGCAAGUAAUGAAGAAGAUAAUGCCUUUUAAAAUCACUGAAUGACUACAUGGUGAGCUUGUUCUUAUGUGGAACUACCUACCCAGUGUUUGGUUUAACCAUCUCAGAUUCUAUGAUUCAUAGAAGCAUAGUUUUUAUUUUUUUAAGGUACAAGAUAAUUUCUUUUGUGUUGUCACAUUGUGUCCAUUCCUCAAACACUUACUUUUAAGUUAAAUGUUUUUGUUCUAAAAAAUCAGAUGAUAUAAAGCACUAAAAUGUC